GCAGGAAGGGGGCGGUGCGCGGCGGGGGUUGACGCGCGGCGGUUCCGGGCACGUCUGCGGGCGACGCGCGUUCCUCGUGCUGCGACCCGAUGGCCGCUCCGCAGGGCCCGCUGCCCCCAGCAGAUCAUGCAGCAAAAGAGCCGGUAGAGGAUACAGAUCCCAGCACUCUUUCCUUAACAAUGACUGAAAAAUACCCUGUCCAAGACACAGGAGUACCUAAAGAUGAGGAAUACCAAACAGAUCAAGUUACAUUGGAAAUUGCAUCUGUGAACAUCAGGAGUCUUACGUCAGAUUCUGGCCUAGUCCAGCAGCCAGAAGACAAAGACACCCAAAACCAUACUGACAAAUCGCUUUCAGAUCUCAAGAAAACCUGCAAAGAAAAUAGCACCUGCUCCUUGUGCUUAUUCCGUGCACCGACCAUCAGUGACAUGCUCAAUGACGAGGACUUGUUGUACACAGUGAGGCUAAAGCUGGAUCCCUGCCAUCCAACAGUGAAAAACUGGAGAAAUUUAGCAAGCAAGUGGGGGAUGACUUACGAUGAAUUGUGUUUCCUUGAACAGAAGCCCCAGAGUCCCACCUUGGAGUUUUUGCUACGGAAUAGUGACAGGACUGUGGAGCAGCUGAUUGAGCUCUGUAAAUUUUAUAAGAGAAUCGAUGUUGUGAAAGUGCUACUGAAAUGGGUGGAGGAGGAAUGGCCCAAGAGAGGGAACAGAAGUUACCAGAAUGACUUGUAGGUCAAAGAAAUUGGCUUCCUAAGCAGAAGAAGAAUGAAAAAACCAGACCAGUGGUAUAAUUGCAACAGUUGUGAACCAUGCCAGUCAGUUGUGUGUUGUUGCUACUGGGAAAGCCGCAAUUAGAAGGCAAGUCUCUUAGCUUUUCUGGCAGCCUUUCCACAGUUUUUGUGUUCUGCCUGGUAGAAGAUAAGCAGGUUUUUUUUGUUCUAACUUUUAAGCUUUAUGAACACUGUAUUUGGCACAGACACAACUUGAUUGUCCAAGCAGCAGUUUGGAUUUGCAUGUUUGAAUUAACGGAAUGUUUGAACAUCGCAUUCGGGCAAAAUUAAGUUCUGAGUCUCUUUUUUACAAGCAGGACUAGAUGUUAAAAUAAUCGUAUGUUUCUACAACAUAGGAUAUAUAUUUUCUAUGAAGAAAUCAUCCUAUUCAGAGAUACUUCCCAGCCCAUAAACCCCCUCCCCCCAAACAAACACAAAAAACCCCACCACAAUUAGAAUGCUUUAUAGUUAAAAUUAGUUUCCAUAGUUUUGAAUAAACUGUUCACUCUGAGUAUUCUUUGAUAUUUCACUCAAGUGCCUUUCAUUUUGUAGUGUGAGGUGACAGUGAAUGUCUCACCCACAGUAUAUCCUUAGUAGCAAGUAUAACUUCCUUGUUCAUAAGCUGUGGUUUUCUUCUCAGCCUCCCUGACCUACUUUCUGUCCUAUACCAAAGUUGCUGCACACUUGCAUGAAAGUAGCACAAGUCUAUGAAUUGAUUAAAGCCACUGUAAUGGGAAAUCUGCAGGUGGGUUCACCUACAGGUGUAAGUGGAUGGUCAUUAAAGCACAUCUGUUGAUUUAGACUGAUAUAUACCAAAGGCUGUUGAUAUCCUGAAUUAGUGUUUACACUGAAGAUAUUUCUAGAACUUUUUACCAUUCUUCUGUACUCUAAUGGCUUAAAAAACCCCUGAAAACUGAAAAAUCACUUGUAUAAUAGGCUGUAUAAAGUACUUAUUGCUGUAAUGCCAUACACACACAUACAUACACCAGUGUUGUGACGUAAAAUUUCUAUUUGCCACCCUUACCGAAACAUCUCAGAUGAUACUAAUAUGUACAUAGAUGUAUAUAAUGUAGCAAUGGUGAACAGCAUGUCAAGAUGUUGGGCAAAACUACAGUGGGGUACAGACUGAUGCACUGUUCACUUCUCUCAAAUAGUAAGGACUAAUUAAGAAUUAAUAGCAAAAUUGAGGAAAGUCUGUCAGGUUGCAUUCUGAGUUUCUUAAUGUAAGGGAAUGAAAAGGGACAUCUAGUAUUAAUAUAGGUACUCGCACAAAUGGUUGCAGAUGAGUUAGAUGUAAAGACUAACUUUUGAUUUCAAGCACUGAUUCUGGGAAUGAUCUAAAUUAGCUUUACAGCAGUGUCUUCAAGAAACUGAAGAUCUAGUUUCAAGGUAAAAAGAGUGACCUACAGCUGAUGUUUUAAUUUUUUUUAAAGCUUCUGGAAGACUGGAGUUUUGGCAGCUGUUUAUAUAUAUAUUUUCAAUCGUUCCUUCAGAAAAGCUGCUACUCUUCAGAACAGUAUAUUUCCUAGCCAUAUUUUAAAGUGGAAGAUACAUUGCUCUAUCCCGCAGGGGCUGCAGUUCAAACACCUCACUUCCAUCUUCUUCAGAUGGAGUCUUCUGAUACAUGUUUGAACUCUAACUUUUGCAGCUCAUCUUCUGUCUUUAGGGGAUCUGGAAUCAGCUAUGAGGGCUGCUGCUGUGGCUACGCUCUCUGCUGGUUUCAAUUCAGAGAUAUCCACUGUGUACAUACAAAUAGCCCAUAUGCAGCUUGUCUAACAUAAUCCUGUGACCUCGGGCCCACCGCAUGCAUGAUUUAUGAUCACGUGUCUGUGUGUUAAGUUCAUCUUAUGAGUGAUGAAGGCUGGCAUGUCUGCCAGCAGCUUCUCUCUCCUGUAAUAUAGUACUGCUAUACACGCGUGGUAGUGCAGUAUGCUUUGCUGUGGUGGAUGCAGUCUGUUAAGGAAUCUAGCUAGAGCCCUUGUAUGAUGACUCACAAAAUGGGAACACACAUUGAUACAGUAUCAUUUCUGAAUCAAGAAGUCCAACUGAAAUCUACUCCUUUUCCUGUUUUCUGGUUAUAAUUUGUAAGCUUUUGAACAAAUGUUGUCUAAUGGAAAUGAGUUCUGAUCCCUUGAAACUCUUGAAAAAUCCAUGUCAGCUGCAAGGAUUCGUACUGGAAAAUAAAGCUGCUUUUGAGAGUUUAUAUGCGGCUUCUGUGUGAGUUCAGCACUGAAGGCUGAAAAUGUUAGCCUUAAACUUCAUUACACACUGGAUAACUCAUUCAUAUACUUGAAAUAUUUUUUUCCUCUUUGUAUGGCAUGAAUUGAGGGGUAUACAAUUUUUUUUAGUUUUGUAUCUAUUUACAAGAUACUGGGUCAGUGUUCACUUUAAGCAUUCUUAUGCUCUGUCAAUGUAUACUAUAUUUAGAAAAAAUAUAGUUUAUCGAUGUCUGA